AUGGUGGCGGGAGUGGGCCCUGCGGGAACGCAGCCAGGGAAGGAGGAUGGAGACCUAUCGAAGGGGCCUGUGCCGACGGUUGGUUCUAGCAGCGCUGUGCGUCUCACGUCGAACGGCACAGCUGGUACCAGCCAUGCAGGACUUAGCAUGCCGCACCCCAAGAAAUUCAGUGCCGUCAAUAUCAACAAGAAGUUCAUGGAGAAGAUCGCUCCUCUUCACGGACCGAGUUCAACUACGUCUAUUUCUAUGGCUGCAAAAUCUGGGAUUGCGACGCCGAAACAGACGCCUGAAGUAUCUAGUAUGCACUCUCGAUUAGUAACUGCUAAACUCACGUCAACGCCUCGACCGUCUACUACGGGGCCAGGAUGGUCUCGACCUUCAUCGGCAGCUCCGAGUCCAUCGACCCCAGCACCACCUUCCAAUGCGGGAAAGGGCUUGGUACCAUCGUCGAGUGCAGCUGCACCCCAGUUACCUCAUGCUGGCAAGGUCAUCCAACCUCAACCGAGAACGUCUGUUACUGGUGCUAGUGCGACAGUAAUAGUAAAAGAGACUCUCAGUGUCACCACUCGCCCCGCCUGGGGAAAUAUCAGAACUGGGCAGGUAACGGCUCCCAAAGCUGAUGCGAGAGUUCAAAAUGAUUUCCCGACUGCUGCUGAGGUCGCUCAAGAACAAACCGCUAAGCUCAAUGAUAAGAAAGCGGUGCAGGAGGAACAAGUAUUGCAGAAUCAAGCUCUGCAAGAAGAAGCAGACACGUUCCGCGGAGUCCAUCUGGAUCCAAACGCGCACCACUGGGACGAGAUGGAAGAAGAUGAUGAAAGCUUCUUGGGUGGUGUCAUUGACUUUGGUGACGGUAGGCAGUACAAGAUUCAGCCUAGUGACCCUUCGGCGCCAAAUUCC